UCAUAAGCAAUACUCACGUGAUGAACAUUUUAAGUAGGCUAGACCUGCCCUAGUUCCUAUAGUCUUCAACUAUUAGCACCACAAAAGACUGAACCUCAGUUCGAAGCGACUGAGGGGUAAUGUAUCUUAAAGUUUGUACAUCCGAAUCCCCCGGCUCGGGAAUUCUGGCUCAUGAAGUUUAUCAUUGCGAUUUGCCAAUCUCAAACCUAAUUGUGUUACUAAUAGAGUUACGUUUGUUGAAUUGAACAUUACGUCUUGAACUAAUGUUUAUGUCGUUGUAGCUUAUUUUCUUCCGAAUGCUAAAGCAGCGUGCUUACACGUAUUCGAAAGGGGACGGGUUUGUUAUCUCGUUAAAAUCGCCUUAACGCAUAAACUAAAAACAGUCAGCUGAAACACACAGCAGGCAAAAUAUGAUACGUACAGGAGGACCGCAUUGUUACAUGUCAAAACACGUUCCUCGCUCCGGCACGAUUACAUUUUUCGAACGACAAUUGCAUCUGUCGUCGACUACUCCGUUGGGAUAUUCGACACACUCGGAUUGGAGCAGCACCCAAAAAUGUCGGAUGAAAGGCCUCACUAGUACCUUGUUAUGCUUGUUGUUUUGGGUAAAGCCCAUUUACGAUGCAACCUAACUCGACCCCAAACAGCAGUAAGUUCGGGCGUCUGCGAGGCAUCCCUUCUCACCUCGAAGAGGCGAUUGCCGAGCUCGAGAACUCGCUGGCCUCACCCGAAGGGGGCGAACGAGCCGGUGCUUCACCGUUAGCGAUGAUCCUACAUGGAAUGGAUACAGCGACCGACUCUAACCUGGCCAAUCAGCUACGGCUCUUUACUCAACGACUAAGUGAGUUUGUGACUCAAAGCCGAAGUAACGCCGAAGCGGAGGCUGAAGCAUUGUGCCAGGAGCGACAGAAAAACGUGAUAGAGGCUGAAAAAGCAGCAAAAGAGGUGGCGUUGGCGAAGCUCCGUACCGAAGAAAGUCAACUUCAGUUGGAAAGCGUCCAUGAGGAAGUGGCGUUCCUCAAAGCUGAUCUCGAAAACGAACGGGCUCGUAUUAUUCAGUUAGAAAAAAACAUCGUGGAGAUCAAGCAUCAAGCAAGUGUUCGCGUUAAGGAAAUCGAGGCUCUUGAAGCUCGCCUUAAAAAGACUGAAGAUGCUCGGGCCGCUUUCAAGGAACAACGGGACGUCCUCACGGUUAAACUAGCUGUUGAGCAGGGUCGGCUUGUUGCCGUAACUGCUGCUUUAGAGGCCUCGGAGAGAAGUGCACAACACCGCCGAUCUACUGCUUUUGGCGAACAUCUGUUACCGGCGCGAACCAGCACGCCCCCGAUUACAAACUGCACUCCUACCUGUCAUCAGAUAAGGCAGGAUUUGGCGGAGCUCCGAGCUGUAAACGAGCAGCUUCGCCGCGAGUUAACCGGAUGUCAAGAGAGGGCGGUUCGUCAGCGAGAAGCUAGCAACGCCAAUGAACGCCGUCUGCAUGAUCAGCUCAAUCGUGCGCGGAAGCUUGUUAGCCAAGAACGUAGCCGCGCGGAGAAGCUGGCCUAUCUCCAUGCUGCUCUGGCGUCCGAUCGGCGUAAUGCCGCCGACCUGAUCACCACACUACAAGGUCAACUUACCCAGCUCCUCUACGAUAAUCAGAGGCAACCACGGGGCAAACAACAGGCCAGUAGUAGUUGUCAGUCUUUUCAAAAAACUGAGCCCCAGGAUGAGUCCAGUGAAAAAAGCGAUCCUCAGGGAAAUCGACAGCAAGACGCGCAAGAUGAACUUGAAGAAGAUACGCUGGUACGGGCCCCCUCUGUCGAAAACUUAAGUUGCAGAGAAAACGAGCUUGGUCAGCAGGAAACCCAACUUCGAAGGAGGCACAGCAUUCCUCCUAACUUACAACAAGCAAGUUCUAUUAGAAGUACUAAUUAACCCGCCGCGACCGAAAAUUGCCCCACGAUGUGAAAACCAAACGCUGUCGACAAAGUUUAUUCCUUUUAUUUAUUCGGACCGUUCAUUGUGUCCGUAUUCGACGUUAUGUAUGAGAUGGCUCAUUUUUUUCAACAAAAAGACCAUAUUACCAAUUUUUUUUCUCACAUCGGACGUGAGUUCACCUUCAAAGCGCUUUUACUCGAAAACAACGUGAAAUAUUCUAGCGAAGACUUCUAUGACAAAGUGGGCGGGUUCUUAUUAUUAUUCUAAUUAAAAAGGAACGCAUGGAAUAAAUAAUCUUCCUGCUAAAGUAUUGUUUCUGCUGUAAUAAAAAG